CUUCGCCUUCGACUGGCUUCGACACCAAGGCUUCGACAUAUAGGGCCUUGGCUUCGACGGCCUUGCAAAUCCAGGGUAUAACAAAUCCAAGACUCGACCAAGGCAAUCUUCUACCACCUGGCUCAGAAAUGAAGGCAUAAGGAAGCUGCUGCUCAUCUGAAAACAUGCAACCAAGAAUGACAUUAUCACCCAUCUUCCUUGCACUUUUUCUACUACCAUCACCCGAAAGCUGGUAUGUCGGCCUUGUCGGCUCCAGUGCAGAUGAUGGAAGCGCGACCUUCAGGGACCCGACGUUCCAGUUCCGUACUGAGAGCGACGGCGUGGUCAUCACGGCGACGGCCGAGCCGGGGCUGUUGGAGCAGCAGCCGUUUGUCGAGCUGGAUACGGAGGAUAUGUCCGACAGCGGCUUCUGCAUCCCGCUCUCCGUGGCACCGCCCGCCAGCAACGCCAGCGGCGGCGGCGAGCUGGCCGUCCUCUCAACGGCACCGGAGCGCCUACCGCUGAACAACUACUGCGCGCGAAUCGCCUGCCCGUGCGGCUCCAAUAUGUGGUGCACUCUCCGGCCCAGGUACUGCGCAAAGUACCACAAGGUCGGGGACGACCUGCGGGCGUGGAAGAAUGACACUCGAGUGUACGCAGAGCGCAUCGGCGACGCGGCAGACGGCCCGGCCGUCUCUGUGGUCGUACGUCAGGGAAAGCUGCGAUUCCCUCGACUACUCAUCGAACACGAUGGCUGUCCGCCCGACACGAAGAUAGCCCGGCAAGGUGCGCCGGACAGGAAAAUAACCCGGCGAGAAGUGCCUGCUGACGAGCCGUACUUUCUGCACGAGGACUGCACGCUCACUGAUAACCGGAACAUCACUGUGUGGGUGGAGCCAGGCACCAGGUUCUGCAACUUCUCGCCCAACUGCCGCAACGCCAAGGUGACGAUUGACGCGCGGGCCUUGGGCCGCCUGCCGCCGCCGACGCCGCCUCUGUCAGUGCGCUCGGCGGGCCCGUCCACCCUUCUGACUGUGGGCCUGCCGCUGCUGGCCCUCGCCACGCUGCUCGCCGUCGCCGCCGGCCUCCUCUUUCUGCGGCGCAAACACCGGCGCGCACUCGGCGGCUUCAUGGCCACAUCACAGGAGAACGGCGGCUUCGGCCUCGAGCUGAGUGGACCGCGCGUGCUGCUGCUGCACCUGGCGCGCUCGGACGCCGAGCGGGCCGCCCUGCGCCAGCUGACGGCCGAGCUGCGGCUCCGCGGCGCCUCUGUCGUCGACAGUGACGCGCCCGAGUGGCGGCGGGCGGCGCGACGCGACGCCGCCGCGCUGGCGUCGGCCGUGGCGGCCGCCGACCGCGUGCUGCUGCUGAGCUCGUCGGCGCUGGCGGCGGCCGUGGCGGCCGGCGGCGGCGGCGAGCCCGAGCGGCUGGUGGCGGCGGCGGCGCGCCAAGUGUCGGCCGGCCGGCUGACGGUCGACUACGGCCGACUGUACCAGGCGCGGCUGGCCGCCGACGCGCCCACGUUGGACUCGCUGGUGCCCGGCGCCGCCUACACGCUGCCCGAGCACCAGCGGGAGCUGGUGACCGCCCUGCUGGCCGGCACCAACCGCACCAAACCCGCCUCCGACAGUGCCGCAACCGAUACUAUACUCACCUCCAACUAGGCGCGCCUGCGACUAUCACACGUCCUCCGCUGAGGACUGAGGAACGAACGUACGUAGACCGGCAUCCACACGUCUCUGGACCAUGGUUACGGAGGGAUCUGACAACUGUUAGCUCUCGGUGACCGGUAAGUAGCUACAACGCUGUACAAGUAUAAGAGCUUCAUCGCUGUAAGUUACGAUAUCCAACAGGUUAGGCUCGCGGCUACCCUGUAGAGCCGGCUUGGUGCGCCCUAAUGAAACUGAAAAAAGAACAAUAGCUUCAACAGAUGAGAUAAACGUGAAAUUUGUUUUUUCCCCGAUGUGAAUGUCGUUAUUGUGUGACACUGCUUUCGGAACUUGCUCACAUGGAAGGAAGGGGCGCCGUACGUCGUUGCCUGUAGCAACGGACCUACGAGAUUGGCGACGACGGACGAACUUACCCGACUCUUCGGUUAGGUGUCUGCUCAGACCGAUUGACGUCUCUCUACGUCCCGGAUAACUACGUGAGUCAGUGCCUUAUCCAAUGGGACACAUGGGCAUACCUGAGAACUGUGCGCUUUCAUGGUAUUUGUAACGGAUAUUGUGCGCCGCACAUGUAGUCAUUUUAGCGUGUAUACUGUAUGCGAUGCCACACAUACAAAUAUAGAGUAGCGAGCAGCCAAUGCUCAGUGCGCGCGCGUUAUUAGUUAUUACUCGCAAGAGAUCUGUCAUUUACCCACCGUUAAGAUCUGAUACAGAUCCAUAUCAAUGUCACCGCGCUUUCGACUGUUACACCGCCAAGUGUUAGAGACACUGAAUGUCAAUGUAACAGGCAAACAAACUGGACGCUAUGUAUGAACAUUGAACACGUUUUAGCCUUCUGCCUCCCAUGUUUGCUCCCUUAGCGUAAGUCUGCUUUGGCCCUUUUUAGCGUAAGUCCCCGUAGUUAUUGCGAGGUCGCGUCCCUGAUGUGUCUUCUUACAGUCAAGUUUGCCUACUAGCACUGACGCGUUGGUGCAUUUUGCAUACUGACACGGGUCAUGUGACGCAGGAUGGCUAUUUGUAUACUGUUUGAUAGUGUUUUUUUAUUGCGGGUGCUAACGACAGGCGUUACGUACCCAAUAUGUGGCGCUGCUCUUGAUUCGAAGGCUCCUGCCUACGUGAUUAGCGAUAGCAGUGUGCGCGCUUUUGCAUGUAAUGCCUUGUGUAUGUGAACUUUGAGUGACCUGAUUUGCCUUAGAGGCGGCACACUGACGGGUCUUGGCCGGCAGAAUGGCGGGAUGCUCGGCCGCCGCCGGGUCGUGACGCUACAUACGGGGGAUCCCCGCGAGGUACUGUGUCCCGCACCGUGUGACACCGAGAUGGUGUGUUUUUACUGGAGCUUCCGCGGGGCUGUGCUGUGUGUGCCGCACACCGGAUUAUUGUUUAUAUUGUAAACUGGUCACAUGCAUUAGCUCGUAGUUGGCGCCGUAAUGUUUAUCAGCGCGCUUGGGCCGUGGUUAGCACGUUGCGAUAGUGACGCUCAGCUUAGUUUUACAGUGGCAUUGGACCGAUAGUUACCGACAAUGCUUUAUUAGGGCAUGACCGAUAGUGGUAAGCUGCUUCAUGUGCACUGUGCAGUGCGAGACUGGCUAUUACUUUUGCACAGGACUUGUAGGGUGCCGCUUUACUCACGUGUUCCAGCGUAUUUCACGUUUCACGAGCUUACGUCACAUGUUGCUCUCGAUCGUACGAGACUGUGAUUCGCUUGAUUCUCGGCCGAUUUCAGCUCGCUACGUAAAUUUCCCCUUAGCUAUCAUUACAGGGUCUGCGCCCAUGGUACGUGAACUUUUUCAGUGCUUCGUCAAAAUGUUGCGUAUGCCUAUUUCAAACCAACCUGCGGUUACCUAUAUCUCCAAUUGUGUUUGCUGAAGACAAGUAAAGGCGGCGGGCGCUUGGUCCGUUAGUAUUACACUCCAAUAAUAGGAUCCAGGUCUGAUUAAUUGAAUCUUGCCAGGGCGUGACAACUGCCAUGCAACGUGCGAUGGGUGGAAAUGAAGUGAUCUGGUCUGGUGAUAUGAACGAGGCUGUUCUGCCCAUUAGUGGGCGAACCGAGCCGAUGCUGUAUUGGCUGUGGCCCGGUGACUUCGGAAUGCAGUGGUGCUGUGGCGCACAGGGUCUGUGGGCCGUGGUCUGUCGGCGCUGUGAGGUCACUCACACAGGGUCUCCCAUCGCUGUGAGCCGGGGGUGGUUAGGACGCCGGGCUAGGCUGUGGAAAGGAGACAGUCGGUGCCUCAUUGUUAAAGAGUCACGUUAGCGACGUGUCAUGUGCAGAUGUUUUGGUAAGCAAUACAUGUUUUUUCGCUUU